UUCUUGCAAUUGUUGCGCCCGGCUCCAACAGAAUAACCAAUAGGAGCCGCGGCAGCGCCGCCAUUCUAUCGAGUUCGUGGCACGCCCUACAACUUCCUCCAUUGUCCUUCUUUCCGGGAUUCUCUGCGAGGAAGGAUGGCUCAGAACAAUUAUUUUGGGUUUACUCACGGCGGAACGCAAUAUGGAGCGACCAGUGCAGCCGCUUAUCAAACUGGUCAAGCGGGAUAUGCAGUAACUCCAGCGGCAACCGCCGCCACGUACACUCAACGUCCCGCUGCCGGCGCGGCUACAGGUUACGAAACUUACCAAGCAGCCGCUGCAGCAGCCGCUACUGGAACCACAUACGCUGCUGCUAAUCCUGGUACUGUGGCUCAAACGUACGAUUACGGUUACGGUCGUGCUGCACCUGCAGCUACUUACGACGCUACCAAAACUUAUUAUCAGCAACCUGCAGCGGCCGCUGCAACUUACACUACUACAGAAACACACUAUCAAGCUGCAAAACCUGCUUAUAGUACGACCAGUGCUUACACAGGCACUGCAAGGCAAGCUACUAGUACUGGACAAGCUAAAACGUACCAAGCAUCGAGUACGGCUUAUCAGCAAUCUAAUCCUACGCAAAGCGCCACCUAUUCCUCUGGAUAUACAGCACCAGCUACACCAGCCGCAACACCAUCGACAGCAACAAAUAAAACGGCGAGUACAACGUAUUCCGGCUACGACGCAGCGCUAUAUAGCGCUGCGACUAUGUAUGUAGCCCAACAGAGUGCAAACAGCAAUUCAACUAACCAGAAGACUGGAGGUUGGCAGGGCUACGGACGGAAGGGAUUUGCCGCUGGAGGGGGAGGGAUGAAGGCAAUGCGGCCCAAGCAGCCCCCCAAGCCUCAGCAGCUACACUAUUGCGAUGUGUGUAAGAUCAGCUGUGCUGGACCUCAGACGUACCGCGAACAUCUCGAAGGCCAGAAGCAUAAGAAGAAGGAAGCUUCUUUGAAGGUGCCGCAGCAACCACCAGCGCGUGGAGCAGGCAACAGUCUACGUUGCGAACUUUGUGAUGUUACUUGUACUGGAAAUGAUGCGUAUGCUGCUCACAUUAGAGGUGCUAAGCAUCAGAAAGUUGUGAAGCUCCAUACUAAACUAGGAAAACCUAUACCGAGCGCAGAUCCAACUGUUCUCAACCCAAAGCCAGCAACAGCUGUUAAAACUGCAAGAGCUAACAAAGCUACAGUAACAGCUACUCCUAAAAUUAAUUUUGUUGCUUCUGGAAAUUUGGGAACUGUAAAUCAAAAUCAAACUGCAGAACUGAAACCUGAAGAAACUGCAACGGAAGAGACCGUAGAAGAAGCAGCUGUCGAUGAGAAAGAUAUCCAACCAGUUGGCCAAGAAUAUAUAGAGGAGAAUAAAUCCGAAGACGGAAAGAUAAUCAGCUUCAACUGCAAACUUUGUGAAUGCAGAUUUAAUGAUCCCAAUGCCAAAGAUAUGCAUAUGAAAGGAAGACGGCAUAGAUUUGCUUACAAGAAAAAGGUUAAUCCCGAUUUAGUCGUUGAUAUGAAACCAAGCUUAAAACAGAGAAAAAUGUUGGAGGAGAAACUACGUAGGCAACAGAUGCGGGAUGAGUAUUUACGUCGUAGAGAAGAAAUUAAUCAAUUAGGACCAAUGGGUCCGAUGGUGGACGAAGAAAUGAUGUAUUGGGAAGAAAGACGGCGUUACGAAGAAGAAUGCGAAUACUAUGAAUGGUAUCGACGUUAUGGACGUGGACCAGGAGCUCCGCCAAUGCCGCGUCCUUUCCCUGGACCACCGCCAAUGAUGAUGUUCCCUGGUCCUCAGAGGAGACCGGAUUCUUCAGAUGACAAACACGUAUUAGCUCAUCAUACAACUAUUUAUCCUAAGGAACAAGAACUGCUGGCAGUUCAGAAAAUUGUUUCAGACACUGAGAAAGCAUUGAAGUUCGUAUCCGAUACUUUAGCAGAAGCUGGCAAGAAAACUACACCACCUACUAAUAAUGCUACGCCGACAGUUCCAAGUACACCCGUGCAACAACCAAAUGCGGAUUCGGCGAAAGCAAAAGAAGAACCUGAUAAAAAGAAAAAUGCCACACCACAGAAAGAAGAUGGUAGCGAUGGUAACCUGUUUUCGUUCCAAAAGGAAAAAGAAGACUCAAGAAUACUCAGGGGUGUAAUGCGCGUUGGUAAUUUGGCAAAAGGACUUUUACUAUCCGGCGAUAACCAUGUUUGUCUGGUAGUUCUGUGCGCCGAAAAACCAACACGAACUCUAUUGAAUAAAGUUGCUGAAAUUCUUCCGGCUCAGUUGAAGAUCGUAGCUCCCGAGGAUACGUACAACGUUGGAAAGCAUCCAGAGUCGGCUGCUUUAACGGUUUCAGGAGGGAGCGUGACUGUCAGCGUAACACUCACUAGUCCUCUAAUGCGCGAAACGCCUAAACCAGCAGCAGCUGCAGAUAAUGCUGGACAACAGCAACAGGGAGCUGCUCAACCGCAAACUACGCCCGCGGUGCCCGCUGUGACGAAACCAGAUCCACCAGAUGUACUUCCCAAGGCUAAGUGUUUGGAGGCUUUAGCUGCACUCAGGCAUGCCAAGUGGUUUCAGGCUAGAGCAACUUCACUGCAGAGCUGUGUUAUGGUCAUUCGCAUAAUGCGUGAUCUUUGUAACCGUGUACCCACCUGGGGGCCAUUGAACCCAUGGGCAUUGGAACUGCUAACUGAGAAAGUGAUCAGCACUGCUGGAGGUCCUCUUAGUCCAGGUGAAGCUUUAAGGCGGCUCUUGGAAUGUGUGGCUGGAGGAAUAUUGCUUCCAGGAAGUCCAGGAUUGUCCGAUCCGUGUGAAAAGGAACCAGUAGAUGCAAUAGGUAAUAUGACGGCUCAACAAAGGGAAGACAUAACUGCUUCGGCGCAACAUGCUUUGCGAUUGGUCGCCUUUCGUCAAAUUCAUAAAGUUCUGGGUAUGGAACAACUUCCACCGCCUAAAUAUAAAGGCCGAUUUACUAGAAAACGUAGACGCGAUAACAGUAACGGAGAAGGAACAGACAGUGAGGCUUCGAAGAAAGAUAAAAAGGCAGAGGAGAUCAAAAUGGAGACCGACUCCAAAUAGAUCUACCAAAAUAUUCGCUUUAUCAAUUUACUCAUAACUUAUAUAGUAUAAGAAACGAAUUUCUCUCGUGUCAAUUGCUUGUUCAAUGAAAACGUUUCUAUACUGGGAAGAUGUCAAAGUUUGGAGCGAAAUUAAAUGACCUAUUGCCGCAUUAUCACGUUGGUUUCGAGUACAGGUAUUUCUUUGGACAACUAGUGGCGUCGUUUCAAUUCAGAAUCCAUAAUUUUAAUGGCGAAGAAAAAUUAUUGAAUCAGGUUUAUUAUUAUAUAUUUUUAUUUCAACUUUGAAUGUGUAGCGACAUCAUCAAAGUAUCGUUUUUUCUGCUAGCACUAAGUUCUCAACAAUUGAAUGACAAAAAUGAUGUAUUUAAUUAUUACAAGCAUCUUAAUUUUUAAAUAAGUUUUGAAUAUCUCCGAUAUAAGAACAUAUUAAUUUCUCAAAUCUCGUUUCUUAGGUUCAUUUUAUGAAACAUUUCGAUGUUAUUUCAGAAUCUAGAUACUAUUCUUUUUAGGGUAAAUAAGGACUCUCUGCAAUUAUAUUAUUUUAUGACAAUUUGGAAAAGUUUAAGACCUUUCCCAAACAGGCAAUUGGUACGAUUAGUUCCAGCACUAGGAUUUUGUCAAAGGAAAUGAUGAAUGCGUUAAUUUGAAUUACUUAUUUAGCUAUAUUUCAAAGUCACCAUAUAUAUGAUAAAAAUUUAAUAGAAAGGGUGAUAAUAAAAUGAACAUUUAUAAGUUUUGAGGUUAAGCGUAGGUUAGUUUGUAUUGAGAAUUCGUGUGUAUGUUGUGUGUGUAGUCGUAAAGAAGUGCAGUAUGUUUCACUGCACCAAAUAAGUUGUAAGUUCACGUUGCGUGGAUUGUUUCACGCAGAAGAUUCCAAGAAAGCAGAGUUGCAAGUCGAUUAUUGAAAUAGACGCUUUGCUGUCCAAUGAGGGUUAAGUGCACGUGUCAAGAAUUCCUGAAAACUUGCUGCAGUUAUUUAAAAAUCUCAGGCAGUCGAAUAUCGCUUGAAAAAUGUCCUUAUUGAAACAAAUUUUUCUCUGACACAGUGUAUGGAUCUUCUGUUGUACACAUGCAAAUCCUCUUUGAAUAAAUCGAACAUGCAUGCGAUAAGUAUAAGGUUUUUUUUCACUUCCAUAUUCCUUUGCGUAUGUAGUAUAUUAUGACAUCAUUUAAUAAUGAAUCGGACUAAUAAGAAUCCUCUUAGUAAGAAGGCCACACACACAAUAGCACUCAGAUUGUAUGAUUAUGGUUACUAGGUAAUUUUUUACAUGAACAAACACUUAACAUACAAAGAAAGUUAAUUUAUUUUUGAAUCGCACCGAGCAGAACUGAGACUGAUACUGUAUUAAUUUUCUACUAAACAUAGAAGAUAGUACACAAAAUUAAUAAAGAAAGAUUUAAUUUACAUUGAGUCACGAAGGUAAUUUUAUAUAACGUUUAUUCUGUUUGGUGCAACUAGUCUUUUAUGAUACGAGUGUUCAAUGAUUUAACCCCCAUCAUUUCGAUUUUUUAUAACAUUUGUAAUUCAUAGGCAUAGUUACGGUUAUUUUAAUCCCUUUUGACUGAACUGGCACAUGCUUCAACUCAAUAUGAACUAGUAUUAGCCACCUUUCGUUUCCUGUUUCACAGUAUUAAUUAAAAUAUAUUUGUAUAUAUAAUCUCGAGCUACGUGACAUAUGUAUUUUUAAUUUAUUAUCUUUUCAACCAAAUAUUAAUGUAACAUAAUGCGUUGUACGUUUGCAGGUGUUUUACAAAGAAAAUUCGCAAACUUUCUCUACUCAGUCCUUGUAACCUGCAAUAACGAAAGUGUGUAGAGCCUUGAGGAAUUUUCAUUUCAAAUUCUAUGUAUUAUUUGUUCAGUAUUACGAAUUGAACGGCAUAGCGAAGGUAAAUUGAUAAUGAUAUUUUUGUUUGAUAGAAAAAAAGACAUUUUAUUUUUUAUUUUCGAGAGCAAUUCUUAAUUUAAUACGUGUUAGAAAGUUGUUACAUGUUUGCUAAACAAAAAUCCCGUUUGAAAAAAAUAGGUUAAUCGAGUAAUUAUUAAAACUAAACUGUAAAUUGAGAAAUGUAAAAAAUCUAAUCUAUAA